AUGUUCCCAUCCAUUUCCAAAGCGUGGAACGAAGUCUCUGACGAGUCAAACAACGUCAAGCUCAACGAUCACAAACCUUCAAAAAGAAAUACCACACAUUAUAUUCAUCAUGAUAAACCUUCAAGUCUGUUACAAAGAGUCAAAAGGCAUGAAAGAGUCCCAACAGGCUCACCAAGAAUACUUAAAGAAUCUGCUAAUGAUAAUAAACAAAACUCGUUAUGGGGUAGUGCUAUGAAGAAUAUUUCAAAAGUGUUUAAAAAAGAAGAUGAAAUACAAUCAAUGCAAAACUAUAUGAAUGAUAUGAUUGGUAAACCAAGAGUUACAACAUCAGUGUCCUCUAGUGGGAAAGAGGUGGAUGCUCAUGGUGAUAUAGAGACUAGUUUAUCAAGAAGAAGAAGAUCAAAUAAUGUUGUUGAUAACAUUGAUGAUUCUAUAAGUUCCAAUGGUUCUAGAAGACCAAGAAGAACAGAUGUUAUCGCUGAUAGAAUAGAAGAGUUGACAAGCUCUUCUCUAAAUCGCAAAAGAAGAAGAUUAGAGAGAUCAAUGGAUACUAGUGGUAUGGAUAGUACACAAAGAAACUCAUCAAUACGGUCAUUUGAAUUACCUACAAAUUUUAAUAGAGAUCUUGAUAUUGGCUCAGAUACAAAAAAUCAAUAUCAAAAUCGUCAUCCAACAACAAACUUUGUUGAUCCAUCAUGGAAAUCAAUUUCCCAAGUCCCAGCUCAAGCUACACCUUCUUCAUCAAAUAAAAUUAUAAUGACUAAAAUUACAGCUCGAGAAUUACCAUCUUCACCAUUUGUUCCAUUUAAAGAAUCAACACCUAAACCUACACAUCCAUUAAAUAAUGAAUCCAAAAUUGAUAAUACAAUAAUAAACAAGGGCUCCACAGAUAAAAUAUUAAUUGAUAGCUCAAGAAUAGAUGAACUUUAUGCUAAAGUACAACAACUAGAAACCACAGUACAAGGGUUGAGUGAAGAAUUGAAAGCUGUAAAAUCACAAUCUACAGAACCAAAGGAAUCAAAAGAAUCAAAAGAACCAGUUGAACCAAUAGAUCACACCCAACCUUCCAAUGAUAGUUCAUUUGAUGAUACAAUAUCACCAGUUAAACCCAAUAUUGGCCCUAAGGAAUUAAUAUUUGAUAAUAAUAUUUCAAGACCGUUAUCCCCAGUGAAACUUGAUUUGGACAAGUUCAAGAUAAUCAAAUGA